ACUGGAAAGAAGACAUGACAACUGAAACUACAGGCGACUGACACCUGACAAUGACAAUGAACUGAAAGAAACCAGCGAAGUCAAUACAGCUUGCCGAGACAACGAGGAACACCUGGACAAGACACGAGUGGGUGGAGGGAGCUGAUUGGUCGACACAAGGUAGAAGGUUGACGAGAACAGGUGGACACAAUAACUAAAUGAGCACACGAGACAUAAAAAACAUGGAACGCAGGAAAACAUGGCGACAAAACCAAACACAACCCAAACCAAAACACAGACCAUCACACAUUUACAGUGUUUUGCAUGUUAUUGAGUGUUCCUACAUGUUAAUUAUCCUUACACUGUAUUUGCAGGCAGCUCAGUAGUUCCCCAAACCAUGUCAGUAUGUGAUAUGAAAUUUCCAGGAAUGUGAGAAGAAUAUUGAAGAGAUUUUACUGGAGCAAAUGGAUACCUUUGACGAUUUCUCUUCCCUAUCCAUUGACAUGACACGCACAGGCACAACUCUUAAACUCCAAGUUGUGAACCGAAGGAAUCGCUUUGGUGAGACUUUGCUCCAUGAAGCUGUACUUAAUGGAGAUAUUCAGCUGGUGAGAGACAUCCUAAAGCUUAGACCAAAUGUCAACAUGGCUGACCAUACAGGACGAACAGCCCUACAUGAAGCUGCUCUCCGCAAUCAGUAUGAGGCUUGUUUUUGUCUGAUUAAUGCUGGAGCUCUGGUCAACAUUGCAACACGAAAGAAAGUUACACCAUUGCAUGAGGCCAUCACAUUUGGCAAUAAAAGGGUAGAGGAGCUGCUGCUGAAACAUGGCGCACAUCCACUGUUGAAAACCGAGGAGGAAGAAACUAUAUUUGGCAUUCCUGAAGAAGGUUCUGGUCAAGUACAAGUGGCUAAAAUAAAACCUAAAGGCAACAGGCUGGUUGACACUGGAGGAGAAAUAAUGGCAGAGACCACCAAUACCGAACAAAACCAAGAUGUGGGCAUGGAAAUUCAUGAGGAUGUGCAGCUUCAUAAUGGAGAAGAGGUCCAAAAUGGAGAAUAUUAUCAAACACAUCACAACAAGGCUUUGGUUCCAAAAAAGAACCAGAGAAAGGCAUCAACUAUUGCACCUUUACAACCCAGCGACCCCUCCUGGUUUCCUGGGAAAAAGGAGCUUCCUCAUCCGGCAAGCCAGCAUAUUUCGACACAAGCUGAUACCAGCUUCUUUUGGGGUCUUCCAGAAGAAGAGGCAGACAGUUACAGUGAUCAAACGGUUGACUACCUUGGAGAGAGUUCUGAUGAGUUAGUGGACUGGGCCAUUAAAGCCACACAAGAUUACUCAUCUUCCAGCAUUGUAGAAUUGGCAAAUUCUUAUAUCUUCCCCACUGAAUGGUUUGAAAACAGAGCUGUUUUACAAGAAAAUUAGCCUUGCUGUAAUUUAAUUAUACGUACAGUAUACGGAAUAUUAGUUGCCCUCUGUUGUCACAUUUUACUGCAUGCAUUGUAGAGGGUACUUGUUGGGCAAAUCUAAUUGGUUCGUGUUAAUUGGAGUUCUGCCAUAAUUGAGGUAAAUUUCACUACAAUAACUUAGUUUGACUAGUUUUAUUGUCGCUGUAUUGUGUUUAUUGUAAUAUUUGUUGUUUUCCAAUCAACACUUUUUGAAGGUUGAUAAUUAAAGAAUUCCUCACGUGA